AUGGCGGCUAACCGACUGAAUUGGAGGCCAGCUUUAACAUACAUCAAACUUUUUGCUGUCGUUGCAUCGUUCUUAGUCCUGCUGACGCCCUAUUUGAUGCUGCUACACUUUGUGAUGCAAAGUCAAAACAACGUUCAACAUCAUACAAGUGGGAAUCGAACCCACAAGGUUCAACAUUAUUUAAGUGGGAAUCGAACCCACAACGUUCAACAUCAUACAAGUGGGAAUCAAACCCACAGCGUUCAACAUCAUCUAAGUGGUAACCGAAUCCACAACAUCAUCAAACCGCCACUCGCCACAGCAGCUGAAUGGUUACUUAACAUGUCCACAAUCUACAGCGUUAAGGACACAAACUGUGCUGCACUUAUAGCUGGAGACAAGCAAAUCUUACAUCAGACUUUACAAAACAAUCUCACCAAAUCGCCAAAAGCUUUCAAUGACGAUUUCUACAUUGAUUUAACUAGCGACUGUGUUCACUUCAAGCGAUACCGCGGAUACAUCGAUUCCUUUUUAUCACAAGAAGAACGGGAUUUCCCGUUAGCUUUUUCUAUAUUGGUCUACAAAGACGUAGAGAUGGUCGAGCGCUUGCUCCGAUCUAUUUAUAGACCACAGAACUACUACUGUAUCCACGUAGACAAGAAAUCACCCAUCAAGUUUUAUCAGGCUGUAUCUGCCAUAGCCAAAUGUUUCCCUAACGUCUUCAUGACGUCACGGCGUAUUGACGUUACCUGGGGUAAGUUCAGCGUCCUGGAGCCAGAAAUCUUGUGUAUGGAGGACCUCUGGCGCUACAAGAAGUGGAGGUACUACAUCAACCUGACGGGGCAGGAGUUCCCUCUCAAGACCAACGGUCAGCUGGUCAAGAUUCUCAAAGCUUUCAACGGCAGCAACGACAUGGCAGGUAGCCUGAAACGCGUCAUCCCUGGUCGGUUCUAUGGAACAAUGCCGCCCUUGGGAAUCCGCCCAGUGAAAGGUCAAGUUCAUGUGGUAGUAAACAGAUAUUUUGUUGAUUACAUCCUCCACAACGAAACUGCUCACACCUUGCUAAACUGGACACGGUCCACUCACGUGCCAGACGAGACUUUCUUUGUAACGCUCAACUACAACCCCCAGCUGGGCAUCAGGGGUACAUUUAAAGGAGACCCUGACCACAGUUCUUAUGUCAACCGAUACAAAGUUUGGCGACAGAACAUCAACAAUAAAACAUGUGCCGGACAAUUUGUUCGGGAUAUUUGUAUUUUAACUAUAGGUGACCUCCCAUCACUGACACAAUCGAUGCAGCUGUUCGCCAACAAAUUCUUCCAGGACGUGGACAGUCUGGUCAUCGGUUGCCUGGAGGAAAAACUUUUUAACGAGACCAGAGAUGAAUAUCUGGGACUCAAGACAUUUGACGCUUCUGGUUAUAAGAAGUUGAGAGCGGUUCUCAAUCAGGUCACAUAAGACUC